GGCUGCUCUAUCUAGUCAGCCAUUGGCUCUAUGAUUUAACAGUCUAUAGCUAUCUAGCGACAUAGUCAUAGUGAGCUACAUAGCUAGGUAAUAGCUCUUUAAAUCCAGCUGCAAGAAGUUUGAUGCAGGAAAUCAUAGAAAAUUCAAAGUAGAUCAUCAUGAGCGUUUUCAAGAAUGGAAUCUUGCUGCUACCUGGAUUUCCAAAUAAGAAGUACCUAUAUAACAUCCUUGACGAAGCUUCAAAACAUAUCCAAAGCAAUUUAUUUAUAGAAUUGACUGAUUUUGUUGAUACGAAAAUUCAAGGAGAUGUACAUUUAGUAAAUAACUUUCGAGAACUUGUAAAAAAUGUUUAUAGUCGUCCACAAACUGUAUCACGGAAUGUCAAUGUCCAUGUUUUAUUGCCUCCUGCUACAGAUAUAAAACCAUCAUCAAAACGAGAGUUGUCAAAAAUGCUUAAUGUAUGUAUUGCUAGCAAAACAUUGAAACAAACUACCCAACAACUGGAACAAAUAGUUCAAUUGAGGUAUAAUUUUAAAGAGUUUGUUAUGAAAUAUAUCGAUACAAAGGAAGAUAUGAUUGUAAGUGCCAGUGAGAUUAAUUUGACUCAAACGUAUCCAGGAGUGGUGAUUGGAGGAACCUUUGAUCGGAUUCAUGAUGGCCACAAACUAUUAAUUGCAACUGCACUCUUAUUGGCCAAUGAUAAAAUAACAGUAGGCGUGUCUGCUAAUGAGUUACUCCAAAAGAAAGUUUUAAAAGAAUUAAUUGAGCCAGUAGAUGCACGGAUUAAAAAUGUUAUUGAACUAAUAAAGGACUAUAAGCCAGGUUUAAAUUAUAAAGUUGUUCCACUGCACGAUACCUGUGGUCCUUCUGGAACCGAUGACGACCUUCAACUGCUUGUAGUAAGCGAGGAAACUAUAAAUGGAGGCCCUCUGGUAAACGAGACAAGAAAGCAAAAUGGUCUUCAACAGCUUGACGUGUUAAGUAUCGAUAUCAUCGCCGAUGAUUGUAGAGAUGUGUCGGCCAGUGUGAACGCAGAAGAUAAAUUAAGUUCUUCUCGACAAAGAAUACGCGAACUUGGAGUACUUCGAAAAGAAUCGACCCGUGCAAAGGAGCCUGGUAGGUGUUACGUGAUUGGUAUGACGGGCGGAAUAGCCUCUGGAAAGUCUUCCGUUGUUAAGCGGUUUGAGAAACUUGGUGCCUACACAAUCGAUUGCGAUAAGUUAGGUCACAGUGCCUAUUUGCCUGGUCGCACUGCGUUUAAGUUAAUUGUUGAGGAAUUUGGUAAAGAGAUUUUAAGUGUGGAGGGUACGGUAGAUCGGAAAAAACUAGGACCUAUCGUGUUUAACAACAAAGAGAGAAUGAAACGAUUGAACGAGAUCGUAUGGCCCGAAAUCCGACAAAUGAGAAAAGAAAUUAUCGAAAAAGUGGAAGCUGAUGGAAAACAUGAUGUUAUCAUAUUUGAAGGAGCAGUUUUGUUUGAGUCAGGUUGGGACAAAGAUGCUAAUGAAAUAUGGUGUUGCGUUAUACCUGUUGAAGAAGCGGUUCAGAGACUGAAAGAUCGAAAUGGACUGUCUGAAGAGCAGGCUAUGUCGCGCAUAGCAACGCAAAUGACCAAUCAAGAGCGCGUAGAUAGGUCAAAUGUUGUUUUUAGUACGUUAUGGGAGCCGGAAUUCACUCAAACACAGGUAGAGAAAGCAUGGAGGUUGUUGAACGAGAGGAUAGUCAGGAAAAAAAUCCCGAAUUGUGCGUUGUAGUCGAAUUUUUUGCGGCAUUAAUAUUUGGGUACCGUCUAAAAAGAUAAUAUUCCGCCAGCAAACAACGAAAAACUUCACAAGGUUUAUAGAUCCACUUGAAAUCAAACCACAAUGGGCUUUAGUAUGGUAAAUGGAGUACUUCACUUCUUCAAUUUGGUCUGUAUUUAAACACGGUAUUGCCAGUUGAUACGCGUUGCUCUAUUACUGACUUUCAGGUCGUUUAGCCAGAUGAGACGCUUUUGCAUGCAGGAUAUUUUUUCACGAUUUCAGGACCAAAUUCCCAGGACUAAAUCUAAUACUUAAAAAAUGCGUACCUCCAAAUUUUCCGUUUUCAGAGGUCUUUGAGAUAAAGCUUUGAAGAUAAAAAAAAGUCCGAAAAAAAGCAUGGUUACGGUCGUACCUCAUAGAAGUAAGAAUGGAAUUUUGUAUUUCAACACUUAAAUAGGUUUCUAUUCCCACACGGAUCGUGUAUACUCUGCACCUAGGCUUUCUUUAUUUUUACAAAAAUGGUACAGCAAGACAGGAAUACAAACGAGGAGCCCUGGGAACGAAGUUGAGCAUCGCACUGGUACACCAAAAUCAACGUUUCCCACAGUAUAGGGGGUAACAACAACCCAGAAAAUAAUAUUUAGGAAUUUGCCCAUAACUCCUCGAUAUGGGAAAACAACAUCACGUGGAACCAGGCUGCAAAACUGGUAGGCAGAUGGAGUGCGUCAAAAACUUGUUAGCUGCACUUUCUACAAUGACUGCGUUAUGCACAAUUCACUCGCAACAUCUGGCGCGAAAUAUCGACCUGAUGUCAGCAAAAAUUAGGACCAUUUUGGAGGUUGUAGGUACGCGUAGAAACAGUAAAAACACUAAAGUAUACUUUGUACAAUACUGUGUUUAUCAUAAGAAGAAAAUUUUAUUUGUAAAAUAAUUGACCUGCAAAUAUUAUUUACUUUAAAGCAAUUUUCGUUCCCAGGAAUAAUUACCAAAUAAAACAUAAAAAUAGCAGAAAGUCUUGGAAACGAAAUUACUAAAACUAUGCAUAAUUAUGCAAUACAAUUGCAUAUGUAAGUAACUUUCUAAUUAUGAGUUAAAUUGUGUUAAAUUAAUUACAGGUUAAAAUGAAAAAAGAAGAACGCCACAAAAUUAAAACCUAAACGUGGCAUAGGGAGAAAAAUAAUGACUCAGCAUAAAAUUCUGUUUGGAGCAAAACUCUUGUUGAUAAUAAAAGCAAAUAGAUUUCAACUAACCGAGGUCUGGUUUGUAAAUAUAUGGAAUCUUAUCGGAUUAAAAGUGUGUAAACGAAUUAAUUUUUUUUAGUUUCUUAACGGAGACUGUUUUAAACAUUUUCUCGUUGUGCGGCUCGCAUGAAAACAUUUUCAAAAGAUUCUAUAUUUGUGCUAAAAUAAAUACGUUUCCAAAAUCCUGAAAUACAUUGCCGUCCGUGUCAAGACACGACCCCGCCCAGAUUGUGCUUCUAGCCCGUAUUUAAAAUAUAUUCGUAGUAAAAUCUAAUAAAAAAACGCUUUCCAUACGUUUGUGAAAUCGUAUAAAUAAAAAAUAAUUUUAAAGAAUUAUCAGUUAAAAAAAAAUAAAAGUGAAGAAAAUAUACAACAUAUUACAAUU